GCGGCUUCAUGAGAGGCGCUCUGAAAUCUUUACCGACACAAAACAAAGAGCGGACUGGUCAAGCACUGACCUGGCUGAACCUUCAGCUUUACUUUAAAUUAUGGGCAAAAAGCACAAGAAACACAAAUCAGAGAAGCACACACACGACGAGCGUCCACUGAAGCUGGUGUUGAAAGUGGCUGGGAAUGAGGUCACCACAGGCAGCCCUAGCCUCAAGAGUGUUCACAACGAUUCUGUAGAUUACGACAAACACAAAGACAAGAAAAAGAAGAAGAAAAAGAAGGACGAGAAGGACAGAGCCAGAGCCAGUCCUCCAGUGUCACCGGUUGACAAAAAGAAAAAGAUGACCAAAAAAAGGAAGGGCCCAGACUCUGUGGAUCCAGACUGGGAUGAGCAGAGCAGAACUCCUGCUCGCUCCGAUGUGUCCCAGGACAAGCCCCUCACCCUCUCACUUGCCAAAAUGGAAGAAAAAGAGCAGACGCCUCUACAGGAAGCUCUGAGUCAGCUCAUCCGACAACUUCAGAGGAAGGACCCAAGUGCAUUCUUCUCAUUUCCUGUGACAGACCUGAUCGCUCCAGGAUACUCUCUCAUUAUAAAGAGACCCAUGGACUUCAGCACUAUGAAGGAGAAAGUGAAGAAGGAGCAAUACCAGUCACUUGAGGAGCUCAAGCUGGAUUUCAAAGUGAUGUGUGAGAAUGCUUUGAUCUACAACAAACCAGAGACAAUUUACUACAAAGCCGCAAAGAAACUCCUUCACUCUGGCAUGAAGAUCUUGAGCAAGGAGAGACUGGACAGUUUAAAACAGAGCAUAGAGUUCAUGGCUGGCCUGCAGACGUCUAGCAGUCAUUCAGCAGAGGAUGGAGAGGAUGAGGGCGGGACGUCUGAUGCUGUCAAAGAGAACUCAUCUGUUAUGGACACAAGUGACAACUCCCAAUCACCUCGUGUAGGCAACAAAGAUACACCAAGGGCCAGUAAGGAUGAUGCUCAGAAGAGCCAAGCAGAGAAGGACCUGGAGGAGAUCAAGAAGAUCGUUGAGGAGUCUGGAGGGAAACUCUCAAACAGAAGCCUGCAGUGUGAGCUGGAGUUUGAGAGAAGGAAGUCUGAUGGUUCAACUACUCUGGGCAUUCUGAACCCCGCUGACUUGAGCGCUGGAGAUCCAGGAUACUGCCCAGUCAAAUUGGGCAUAUUAUGUGAAAGUCUCCUCAUGCCCCUCUCUCUCUUUGCAGUUGCCUAUAUGAAUUACGGCCCAUUCAGCUCAUAUGCACCUACAUAUGACUCCAGUUUUGCCCAUAUCAGCAAAGAGGACUCUGAUCUCAUUUACUCCUUCUAUGGAGAGGACAACAGUCAGCCAGAAUCUGAAAGCAUUGCAGAUUACCUGGCUAAAUCCGAGGAACACAUGAGCAGGUUGGCAGAUAAUGUCUUGGAUGCUUUGACCAGUGGGGAGCACUCAAGACAACUGAAAGAGACAGAAACUGAUAAUCUAACCAUGGAGGAGCCUGCAGAGAAAGUAGACACAACAGAUGAUGCUGUGGUUGUCGUGUCAGAGCCCAGCAGGGGUGAUGGUGCUUUGGAUUUGAAUCCUGACCUGCUCCCUGAGAGCUUUGACUCAGAAGAAGCAGAGCAUUUCCAGAAGAAGCUGGAUGAGACGACAGUGUUGCUGAGGGAGCUGCAGAAGGUUCAGAAAGAGAGACUGAGCGCUAAACAGCCACCAAACAUCAUCUGCCUACUGGCUCCUACUGCUAAAGAGCUGCAGCUUGCGGAGAAAGUUACGGGUAACCUGACCCAGCUGACCAGUCAGGUGACUCCUGGUGAUGUGUGCAGUGUGUACGGUAUUAGAAAGGCCAUGGGUAUCUCGCUACCUAACCAUACUGCACAGGAUUCAUUCAUACGUCUGACCACAGUGGGAGAUAUAACUGAACCCAUGGAGGGAGUGUGUUGAGAUCCUCCAUCACUGCAGUCUAUCAGUUCUGCUUAUCUUAUGUCAUCCCCAGUGGUGCUGUUUCUAAUUUACUUGUGUUUCAUUUAAUAAACAUCUGUUUUUUUUUUUU